AUGAUAAGCAAUGGCUCACUUAUUGGAGUGUCUAUGCUUUUGUCAUUACCUUUGAAUGCUUUUUUUGAAUGGUUGAUUUAUUGGAUUCCUUUCUAUUUUGAGGCCAAGAUUAUUUUCUUGGCAUGGUUGAUUUUCAAGGUCAAUACAAACUUUGGAGGAGCUCACUUUGUUUAUUCGUGCUACAUUGAGCCAUUCCUUGAAAGUAGAGAAAAAAGUGAUUGA